CAGGGAAGAAUGAUCUCUGGAAAUAAUUCUUUGGUGACUGAGUUUGUCCUGCUGGGCUUAACACAACAGCCAGAGCUCCAGCUGCCUCUCUUCCUUCUCUUCUUGGGAAUCUAUGUGAUCUCUGUGUUGGGGAACCUGGGCUUGAUGAUUCUGAUUAUCUUGAAUCCUCACCUGCAGACUCCUAUGUACUACUUUCUCUUCAACCUUUCCUUCGUUGAUCUCUGCUACUCCACGGUUAUAAUUCCCCAAAUGUUACCGAGUUUUGUAAAACAGAACAUCAUCUCAUACGCAGAAUGCAUGGCUCAGCUCUUUUUCUUCUGCUUUUUUGUUAUUGAUGAAUGCUACAUUUUGACAGCAAUGGCCUAUGACCGAUAUGUGGCCAUCUGUAAGCCCCUGCUUUAUAGGGUCAUCAUGUCCCCUCAGGUCUGCCUUAGGAUGAUGGUGGGUGUGUAUGUAAUGGGGUUUGUGGGUGCCAUGGCCCACACUGGAUCCAUGCUGAGACUCACCUUCUGUGCUGGCAAUGUCAUCAAUCAUUACAUGUGUGACAUACCUCCUCUCCUGAAGCUCUCUUGCACAAGUACCUCCAUCAAUGAGCUGAUGGUUUUCAUUGUGGUGGGUGUCAAUGUAAUAGUACCUAGUCUGACUGUCUUUGUUUCUUAUACCUUGAUCCUCUGUAACAUCUGCAUCCGUUCUACAGAGGGCAGAUCUAAAGCCUUCAGUACCUGCAGUUCUCACAUAAUUGCUGUUUCUCUUUUCUUCGGAGCAGCGUCAUUCAUGUAUCUUAAGCCUUCUAUUGGAUCCCAGGAUGAAGAUAAGGUAGCGACAGUGUUUUAUACCAUUGUGGGCCCAAUGCUGAAUCCUUUCAUCUACAGUUUGAGAAACAAAGAUGUCCACACUGCUGUGAGAAAGACUUUGAAGAAAAGGGUACUCACAUAA